AUGCGGCCGCUCUCUACACCCCGAUGGUCUCAACUCCGACGACCAGUGGCCACCCCAACGAUCCUCUCACAUCGAGUUCGCAACUUCCACGCAACUCAACCGGCUCCCUUCGUUGCAGAAGCUGUCACAGUCGCUAUCGACUCCCUCCAUGGCUUACACACACUUACCGGUCUACCAUGGGCAGCGUCAAUCCCGCUGGCAGCUUUCAUUGUGCGAAUGGUUAUCGCUGGUCCCCUCGUGAUCAUGUCUCGCGUUAAUAUCCGUCAAAAACAUGAAGUAUCACCAUUAAUAGUAUGCAUGAAGAAACAUUACGAAGACGCCAUCAGAGCCAAACACCUCGAGGACAGACUACACAUGCGAGACCGAGCAGCCGAGAAACAGAUGGCUCAGGAAAUGCACAAAAGAGCUAUCGCCGUGUACAAGGAAUGGAAUAUUCCCACCUACCCGCAAUACUUGCCUUUGCUGCAAAUUCCGAUUUGGUUGUCCCUUAUGGAAGGUAUUCGGAAUAUGUGUGGUGUCAACAUGGGGCUUUUACGGUAUUUCGUUCCCGCCUCGAACGGAAAUGGUGGUCAUGCCGUCAAUCUACCAGGCAUGGAGCCUUCGUUGGCUAACGAGGGUGCACUUUGGUUCCCGGAUCUGUUGGCUGGAGAUUCCACUUACAUUCUACCCCUCAUCCUCAGUCUCUCCAUUAUCGCAAACGUCCGGACAGGUUUCAAAACAAUGUCGUUCGCAGAAGCUUCGGAUCAUAGCAUUUUUAGAAUGGCCACUAUGGUUUCUGCAGUGACGAUGAAACAAUUAUUGACCGUUGGGGCAUUGUGGAUCGGAUAUACUGCUUCCGUGACAGGCAUGCCCGCGGGGAUGAUGCUGUAUUGGAUCGCUAGCACGAAUACUGCAACGCUACAGGCAUGGUUUCUUGAUAAAUUUUUGUUUGCUAGCAAGCCGCUCUCGGGCUUACAGGGGAUGCAUGUCCGCGUUUUGAAACCUGGAGAGAAGAAGCCACCAGUCAAGAGUAUGCUUGAAUAA